AUGGAAAAUAACUAUCACCACAAUCAAGGUGGUGUUCAAAAAGACGUAGGAAAUAAACGGUCUUCGAGCUAUAAUUUAUGCAAUCAACAGACAAAUUUACAAGAAGCCUCCAACAUUGAAUCAGGUCAUGAUGAUGGUAGUGGCGUACAACGAGAAUACAUUAUGAAUGAACUGGCAAACGAUGAAGCAUUGCUAAAUGAUUUCUUACAAUUUCGUCAACAACAAGGUCAAUAUCGAAAUCAAAAAACAGGUCACAAUUUAAUUCUGUUCUACGAAAAUGUUCCGGCAAAUAAACAAGUAAUUCACAAACAAGUAAAUCAAUCUAAAAAGUCGCAAUCAAGAGUACAAAUACAACCAGAUGUAUCAACGCCAAAUAAACGUAGAUUGAAUGAUAGUGCUGGAUCAGGAGGAUUACCAACACCAAAGCAACAACGAUCUGGAAAUAAACAAUUUCAAGAUAAUGAAAUAAUAUUAGAUGCAACAAGCGAUAAUCAACAGGUAAAUUUAGCAUCAAAAUACAUGAACCAACACAAGAUUCCUUUCGAUCAAGUGAAACGAGCUAUUUCAAGCAAUCUACCAUGUUUUUAUAUAUCAUUCCACCCAACAAAUGAAGAUCAAAAAGUACCAUCAGCUUUCAAUGCAGCGGAUCAAGUUUUUGAAUAUCUAAAACAACAAAAUGUACAAAUUAAUAGAUUUAGUUUCGUUGGAUGGACAGGAGCAAAGCUUAAAUUGGGAGUAAAUGGCAAAGAAGAUUAUAUUAAUCUUGUAUCAACCGAAAAAUGGCCUAAUAGUAUAAUGAAUAUACCAAUAACAAUUGAAAAACCGAAGUUUAUUCCUGAUUGUUUCGCAUUAGUCAUCAGAUAUAUACCUCGUGGCUUGGAUUAUGAAUUUGUAAAAGAAGAAAUAUCACGAUCAAUCGCAUCAGUUGUAAAUCUAAAGAGAAUCCAAUAUUCAUACAAUCGAAAAACAGAUGAUUAUCGCUUUCACGUCAAAGACUUACAAGAGUAUAAUCGAGCGCUCAACAUGGCACGUGUCUCAAUUGGAAAUGUUAUAGUACCAAUUACACGUUUUUUAGAAGGUAAUAAAUUAACAUAUUGCACUCGCUGUUGGUGUUUAGGGCAUAUGAGAAAUAAAUGUCAAGCUGAAACGGCUCGCUGCCGAAUAUGUCUACAAGAAAUUACUGACAUUCAAAGACACAACUGCUCUCAACAGCCAAGAUGUGCUCAAUGUGAUGGUAAUCACCACUCUCUUAGUAGUCAAUGUGAAUCUAUAAAAGCAUACAAAAUACAACUUAAAGAAGAAGUCGAUAACGCACUCGCUCGUGGUGUAAUAAAUAGAUCAGUACCAAAUAAGCAAGUACCAAUUUUUAACCCCGACGACUUCCCACCUCUAUCAAAUUUUAAUCGAAAUAAAGUAGCAGCUUGGGGAUUAAAACAAGUACCAACGCAUCAACCAACAACUGAAUUUACAGAAAUAACAGGUGUUCUUACAGCACUAAAUAAACAGUUGUCAAUUAUGACUGAAGCAAAUAUACGAAUGGAGAAAAAGUUCGAAGAAAUGGACAUGCGUAUGAAACACGAUGCAGAAGUUUUGGAAUUAUUACAGAAAACCAUGAAAAAUACGCUAUGUUCAAUACGUGAAGUGAUGGAGAAUAUAGUGAAUCCUCUAUGUGAGAUAGCGAAAAUUCAAGUAAAAAGAAAACAUCUACCUUUUACAACUAUCCUGGAAGAGUUACAAGCUGGUACAAGUAAUACGUCAUCGAAACAAGUUCUCGACACGCAUAAAGAUGGUCAAACAAGCAAAGAUAUAAAUACAUUAUCUGCAUCAAGCAAUACAAAUACUCGAUGA